GAAAAAGCCUUGCUCAAUCAAUCACUAAUGAUGCCAAUUUUGUCUAGUAUUGGCUAUUUUUUCUGUAGGUGAGGCAGGGACAUGGUUGCAACGAGCAGGAGGGUAGAGGCGCGGGAUUGGGGUGCAGGAUCGGGCUACAGCAAGCAAGCGGUAUAGGGGUGUAUGAUUGCUGAUGAUGGCUCGGGCGUGCAAGGGCAUGAUUGUCGGAAGUAGAGGCGCAGAGGAGGGGAGGGGAGUAGGGCAACAGAGGGGAGGAGAUCUGGGCACAGAGGCGAGGGGAUCUGGUGUAGAGGAAGGCUCGGGUGCUGAACAAGGCUACCGCGGUGCAGAGGGGAGAGGAAGCUGGAGAUUGAUGCAGAGGGGAGGGGGGUGGAGGCUAGUUCGUGCAGAGGGUGGGUGGAGGCUGAAGGUCGAUGAAGAAGAAGAAGUACUCUUGUUAGAGUGAAUUUAGCUCAUCAUGGGAUAAUUUGUGUUCUAUUUUUUCUGUUGUUUUUACUCUUAAUUCACCAUGCCUUAUGAUUAGAGAUUGUAAUGAGAAGCUUACUAGUAAUGAUAAAAAGGGUGGGAAACCAAUUUCUCAACAUAAAGCUAGAAUUUGUAA